AUGCCUGCCUCCACGAAUUACCACGUCAUUGAACCUCAUCCCUCCGUCCCUCAUACCUCCCGGCCGGCCAUCCAUACAGCUCGCGGCGGUGCUGGCAAUGUCAUCAGCCUGAAGAACACAAAGACCACCGAUUCCCGUAAUGCCUCCGGUCCGCCUUCUCUGACUCGCCUGGACUCUCGUGUCCCUCGCACCUUCAAGUCCGGUCGUGGCGGUGCUGGAAACGUCCACAGCAGUAGUGAGCGUGCUAUGUUCAGCUUCGACGAGGAAUUGGAACGCGAAUUGCGUCGUGUGGCUCCUGUCUACCAUGUUGGUCGUGGCGGCGCCGGUAACAUGAUCCACAAUGAUACUUCCGGCUCGUCGUCCCUCAGUCGCAUGUUCUCCGGCAGCAGCUCGGGCACCAGCAGCAGCUCCCUCUCGAUGGGUGAUCAAGUUCGCGACAAGGCCAUCCAUGGUCUGCAAAAGGGCUGGGGCAAGUUGAGAGGUGUGGCUUAA